UUAUACUUUUUAUUGUUUGGCAACAUUAUUAGUUUGUGCUUGUUUAUGGAUAGAUUGUUGUAAAAAGGUGAUUCAUUGUUUACAAUGCGUAGAAUAGUGUUUAAUAGUAAAAUUAAAAGAAGGGGGCCCAUAAACCAGCAAGCUGGCGAUAAACUGGUGGAAGGAGCCCGACAUGGGAGUGCCUGCCGGGGAGCGGUAUAGUUGCUCGGCGGCGCGGGUGUGGCGAGCGGCGUGUAACACGCUCGUCGCGCCCGCUGCCGACGACGCCUGGAAGCAGAUAGUCGACGCCUCGCCGCCUGACAGCAUGUGGCACUCGCUCAGGAACUGUGUCGCUUACCAGGCGGGGGUAUGGCAGAACCUGUUGAUGAAAGGCAUAGAUGACGUCAUUCAGCCGGCCGCUUUCAAACUAGCCAUAGUAUUACGUCAUACGCCCUCUGAACUCGCUGCGAAGUUAUUAGCAGAGCUGCUCAGCUUACAUCCGCAAUCCGUAAGAAAUACUAAUAAUUUUGAGCUUUAAAUCAGGACAGCUACA